CCUCGAGGCUCUUGGUGAAUAUCGCAAAAACAGCACACCCACUUGCUGUUUCCCAACGACAAUUGACAGCGCGUUCGGGAUCCAAAGACCAAACCGCAAUCAUGCCUCUCUUUAUCCUAACAGAAACCAGUGCCGGUUAUGGCCUGUUCAAGGCGGCAGACAAGAAGCUGCUGUCCGACGACAACCUCGCCGAGCGUCUCAACAGCGUUGAGAAGAUCACCAAGGAGAUCAAGUACAAGGAGUUCGCCAAGUUCGAGAGCGCCGCCUCUGCCCUCGAGGAAAUCGCUGGUGUUGUUGAGGGCAAGAUCACCCCCAAGCUGAACAGCCUGCUUGCCGAGAUUGGUAAUGAGAAGAAGGUCACCCUCGCCGUUGCCGAGAGCAAGCUCGGUGCUGCCAUCAACAAGAUCCCCAACCUCGACAUCCAGCCCAUUGCCGACUCCACCACCACCGACCUCUUCCGUGCCAUCCGCCAGUACCUUCCCGAGCUCAUUCCUGGCAUGCUCCCCGAGAACUUCAAGGAGAUGUCCCUCGGUCUCUCUCACUCUCUCUCCCGCCACAAGCUCAAGUUCUCCCCCGAAAAGGUCGAUGUCAUGAUCGUCCACGCUGUCUCGCUCCUCGACGAGCUUGACAAGGAGCUCAACACCUACGCCAUGCGUGUCAAGGAAUGGUACGGCUGGCACUUCCCCGAGUUGGCCAAGAUCCUUCCCGACAACCUUUCUUAUGCUCGCAUCAUCGUCACCAUGGGCAUGCGUUCUAACGCCACGACUGCCGAUUUGUCCGAGAUUCUUCCCCACGAGAUUGAGGCUGCCGUCAAGGCUGCCGCCGAUAUUUCCAUGGGUACUGAGGUUUCCGAGGAGGAUCUCCAGAACAUCAAGUACCUCGCUGAGCGCGUCAUCGACUACUCCGUCUACCGCAAGCAGCUCUCUGACUACCUCGAGAACCGCAUGCGCGCUAUUGCUCCCAACAUGACCGAGCUCGUCGGCGCUCUUGUCGGUGCUCGUCUCAUUGCCCACGCUGGCUCCGUCAUGAACCUUGCCAAGAACCCCGGUUCUACCAUCCAGAUUCUCGGUGCCGAGAAGGCCCUUUUCCGUGCCCUCAAGACGAAGCACGCCACUCCCAAGUACGGUCUCAUCUACCACGCUUCUCUCGUUGGCCAGGCUUCCGGUGCCAACAAGGGUAAGAUGGCUCGUCAGCUCGCCUCCAAGGUCGCUCUUGGUGUCCGUACCGAUGCUCUUGCCGAGUUCCCCGAGGAUGCCGAUGAUGAGACUCGCGCCAACCUUGGUAUCCGCUCCCGUGCCAAGCUUGAGAACAACCUUCGCCAGCUCGAGGGCAAGCCCAUUGCCAGCAAGGGUGUCUCUGUCGGCCCCAACGGUAUCCCCGUCGCUUCUGCCCCCAAGUGGGACAUCAAGGAGGCCCGCAAGUACAACAUCGAUGCUGACGGCAUGGCCGCUGAUGCUGAGGCUCCCAAGAAGCCCCUCAUCCAGGAGGUUGAGAUGAAGGAUGCUCCCGCCGAUGAGGAUGAGGAGAUGAAGGAUGUCUCUGAGAAGAAGUCCAAGAAGGACAAGAAGGAGAAGAAGGAGAAGAAGGACAAGAAGGCCAAGAAGGAGCUUGACGACGAGGACUUUGAGCGUCUCGCCAAGGCCGCUGGCAUGUCUGCCGACAAGUUCAAGCGCCGCUUCGAGCGCGGUCAGAUCAGCAUCAAGGAAGACGGCACCCUCGAGGUCCUCAGCAAGAAGGACUUCAAGGGCAAGGCCGAGGUCGAGGAGGAGGCUGAGGAGGAGGAGAAGCCUGCCAAGAAGUCCAAGAGCUCCAAGCGCAAGGCUGAGGCCGAGGAGGAAGAGACAACGAAAGAGGAGAAGCCCAAGAAGAAGAAGAAGAAGUCCAGCAAGGAGUGAUUUCCUUUUUGAAUUCUCAUCUUCGGAGUUAAUUACCGCUCCGUCUUCCCUUCUUCUUGUUUGUUUGUCUGUAUGAUACACCUCCCCGGCAAAAUUUCGGCUUGUGGUUGAUCUCUGGCGUUGGUAAUGGGCAAUGUGACGGCGUACUGGAUGGAGCAUUGAUUUGAGUUUUAGAGAAGAAUAUGGUUUUUAUGUUGUUUAUAAAGCGAUCUCGAUUCUCAUUUGGAUCUAAAAAGGGGCAUUGAGACAGGUUCAGCGGUGGUGAUACGCUGCGGCCCGGUUCUUGUCAACGGUUGGCGGAGGACCGAACUUGUAUUCCUAUCUACCUAAAUAGCCUCCGUCUUCUGAAGCUUGAAUUCGAUUGACAGUCAGUAA